UCUCUAGGAGUGUGUGAAUUAAAGAAGUGAUUGAAGCAAACCAACCGGUGUUCGCUCGCCACUUUCAAAAGCCCGCGAACCGUGGUCUCGCCCCUUAACGGCUUGCACACGUUUGCUUGUUCGCUAGCGAGCGACCCCUUUCCUUUAUGUUCCUGUCCGUCUGCCCGGUGGUGCGUGUAAAGAGUGACGAAUAACGAACUUUUCGUGAUGACGCGGUUUUAAUGUGUGUUUUUCUUCGUGACACGAGUGCACGCGCAUCGCAGGGCCAGUAAUAAAACAGUGUAGUAGCCCCGCUCGACUGGCGCUCUCUUCGUGUUGGUGGUGGUGGCCUCGUAAAAGAAAAAGGACGUAAAACAAGAUUGUGCUCCAUAUAAUGCAACCGGUUGCGCUCCGCUCUUGUCCUGUGGAGCUGCUGCUCCGUGAGAAACGACCGAGAUCGGACUGGUGCUCUAAAUUUGUACGAGAGAAAGAGAGACCAGGGGGAAGCUGACGAACCGUUACAACGAACCGCCCAAGGUCCUUCACCGAGUUCCAGCGCGUACUAUCGUAGCUAUCUGCAGCCAUUCCCGUGGUGUGUAAAGUGAGUGAACUGGCUCUCAGUGUUGGUGAGAAGUCCUUUUUGGAGAUUGAACCGCACCUGCCUGUCUGCCUGCCACCGUCUGGCGCCUUUUCCAGCCAUCUGUUGCAGCUGAGCCUCGUGUGGUGCGCGCGUGCCUCUCCGUUGUGUGUGUCCGUUUGUGUGGGUGUGUGGAGCGUGUGUAAAAACGGUUGCCGAAGAGGGCUCGUCCUUUUCUGGCAGUAAGGAUAUCGAUUAAUCACAACGAACGGAACAGGAGGGACCGGGAGUUUGUGUCAGCUGCGGAGUGUUCGAGGCGAAGGUCGUCGGAACAGAGCUGUGUGAAGUGAGCUCGCACGUAAAGACGACGGCACAACGAGUCCUUUGGUGACAUGCAUCCAUCCAAAUUUAUUUAAAAAAUCUUAAACGAAAACCAACAACGAGUACGCGAGUACGGAAAAGGAGCACGCCCAAGCAAUAGAAUCACCCUUUAAGCGAUCGAUCGAAACCGAAAACGAUGUACAACAUGAACGCGGCCAACAUUCUCGAGCUGCAAACGUGGAUCGUCUACCAGCGGGUCGCCGUCGAAUGUGCAAACUGCUUGUUUAUGACCGAUAAUGCCUUCAAAGCGAAGGACAUUGGCCUACGGGCGCAGAAGAAAAUCCUCUCGCGGAUGGCCACGAAAAACGUGGCGAAAGUGUUCAUCGAUGGUACGACCGCCUCACUGCUGGACAACGUCUACCGAUUGGUAAAAGUGCAUACUGGCAGCAAAAAGGAUGCCGAGCGGCUGGUGAAGAACAUUAUCAAAAUCGUCAUCAAAAUCGCAGUCCUGCACCGCAACGGACAGCUGAAUGCGGACGAGCUGAAGCAAGCGGAACGGUUUCGCAGCAAGUUCCAAACCCUCCAGAUGGCCAUCCUGUCGUUCUACGAAGUAGACUAUAGUUUCGAUCUGGGCUACCUACAGAAGUCCCUGGCCGAUUGCCGCGGUAUGCUGCGGGCCGUAGUGGUGCGCCAUUUAACCGACAAAUCGCUCGGCCGGAUCGACGAAGUGUUCGAGACGUUCAGUGACUCCUCCCUGCUCGAAACGGCCUUCCGGCAAGAUUCACCCUACCGGGAGAUCAUGGACAAGAUCGUGCUCGAUCUGAACAAAGCGAUGGAAAACGGGGACAUUUAAUAACGAGGAACCGUCCACUAUCGCUUCCGGGUUGGAAGAGCAUUAGAUGUUACAUGUGUGUUGUGUGUGUCUGUGGGUGUGAGUGCGUGUGCAGCAUUGUCUUUCAACAAUUCGCGUUACUCUAGUAGUCAUUGGUAGCAGCACGCAGCAGCAGCAGCAGCACAGAUGCACGCACGUACCGCUCAGAGUCACAGAGGAGGUUUUUCUCUGCUUACUAGAUUUCCUCACACAAAGCAUUAUACCCAUUGUUCAGCAAACCGAUGGCUGUAGCUGUGCUACAGUGUUGGUGUGCUGUGGAUCGAGAACUAGAAUCACACUAGCUUAAGAAGACGCCGAAUCCGCUCUCAUCCAAAUCGAAACUCGAGUCAUAGAGAGGAUCAGUGGGAGUGUGUGUGGGUGUAAGUGUGAAGAUGCCUCAACGUUUAAAUUAUAACCAGAUCGUGGAUAAGCUAAGUUAAUUAGAGCGUACGAAAGAGAAUAGCGAUCCGUCACAAGGAAGACGGCAGCACAAACAAAGUGGAUAGUUACUUCCGUUACUAUCUGUCCAUAUCAUCAGGUGAAGGUGAUUUUUCGAAGAUAUUCUGCUAGCCUAAUGUCGAACAAGAUGCUCACGAACGCAAACGAUGGCACCACCAAAUAGAGGGUAGAUCAAUAGCAGCAGCAGCUCACAAAGAAAUGUCCCUCCCUGUCCAUCUCCUUAUCCAUAUCCGAAUAUUUUUCCUCGACAACCGACCAAACCGAUUGAAAGGCAACCAAUAUAAGAGAUCAAUAGAAACUACCAACUGUAGCAACAAAAGGCACAAGGAACCAGCAAGUGGACCACUUUUGAAAACUUUAAGCCACAACAGUUUGCACAGUUGCGAUAACACCUAGUCUUUCAGUUUCCCGAACUGGUCACAGAGCGUCACAGCAAGUAGUCUUUUGAAAACACAUCGAAAAAGCAUCAGGCAGCGGAAGAUUGAUUUGGUUCUUGGCGACAGUUAGAAGAAAA